UCAUGUGUGAAACAUACUCUCUGUCCUCUCCAGUGGUGAAUGGUAUGUUCCCUCUGGAUGAACUUGGAGCUGUUGCCAGAUAAGGAGACACCUCCACCACAGCAGCACUGUAGCACUGUGAAAGCAAGACAAAGAUGACCAAUGCAGCAAAGUCAGUGGUGGGCAGUGAUGUGACUGAGGAGAGCAGUCUAGCUGGAGAGGCCAAGCUGAACUCCAAGGAACAAGAGGGGGCCCAAGAGGUUAAUGAGGAUGUCCCAGACCCCACCCGGACUCCCUGUAUAGGAUCACCUCAAUCACCGACCAGCUACAAACAGAGGAGCGAGGAGUUCAGGAAGACUUUCAAAGAACUGGCUGAAUUGGAGAGACUGAUAGUAGAUUACAACUGCGCUCUGCAGAAGGACAUUCUGUUGCAAGGCCGCAUCUACCUCACAGAGAACUGGCUCUGUUUCUACAGUAAUGUCUUCUGGGGAACAAAAAUAAUGUUAAAUAUGAGAGAUAUUGCAUCCAUGUCAAGAGAGAAAACAGUCCGACUGAUACCAAACGCCAUUCAGGUCUACUCCAAUACAGAAAAGCUGUUCUUCACAUCAUUUUCUGCAAGGGAGAAAAGUUACCAGACCAUUUUUCGUCUAUGGCAGAAUAUACUGAUGGACAAGCAGUUGACCAGGCAGGAGCUGUGGCAGAUGGUCAAACAGCACUAUGGCAAUGAUUUGGGCUUGAGCCAUGAGGAGAUGGAGAGUUUGCAGAUGACCACAGACACAAUUGCAUAUACGCAGACCAGCCUAAACAUAAAAGCAGAGGAUCAAACUGGAAGGAUGGAGAGACCUUCCACUCUACGUAUUCCUCAGAUUGAACAGACUUCAUAUGAGGCCUCCACGCCUCUGGGAGAUGACACGCAGUCUUCAGUAGGACUACAGAGUACUCUCUCUGCAACUGGGGAGGACACACGGAGUACGACAUCUCGUCAACGUAGUCCUGACCUCUCCCUAGAGCGCUUCAGCCAUGAACGAGUGUCCAAGCGCUCUUCCCUCUCCUUGGACCUGAAUGCCAAUGAAGACAGACUCACAGAAAAUAGUUUAUCUGACAGCAUGGAGGAAGUGGAGCGUGAUUGUGUGUCCCAUGUGUCUCAAGGAAGGAUGUUUGUGAACAGGGUGUUCCGAAUCAACGCAGAGAAAAUGUUUGAGCUGCUUUUUACUGAUUCCUAUUUUUUCCGGAGGUUUAUGGAUGCCAGGAAGUUCACAGGUGUGAUGUCUUCUUCUUGGCAGAGGGACACCUCUGGCUCUAUGAAGAGGAGUCUGAAUUACACCAUCACGAUCACCAACCCACUAGUGGGAAAAUUUUCAACAGCCACAGAAAAUCAGACUUUAUAUAAGGAGUCUAGGCAGGGACAUUACUACAUAGUGGAUGCUGAAGUCUACACACAUGACGUUCCGUACCAUGACUACUUUUACACUCUCAAUCGCUACUGCAUUAUCCGCAACUCCAAGCGCAAGUGUAGGCUUAGGGUUUACACAGAUGUGAAGUACAAGAAGCAGCCGUGGGGCUUUGUUAAGUCUUUCAUCUCCAAGAACUCAUGGAGUGGCCUGGAGGAUUAUUUCAGACACCUUGAGGCGGAGCUGCUUGAGGAGGAAGUGGAGUUGACCCAAGGUUCAGGCGAUCCUGGAAAGGCUGGCUUGCGUAGAAGGCGGAGGACCUACAGUCGCACCCUGCAGGAGCAUAUGCGGCCUGGCAAGCAGUAUGGUGUAGACACAGAGCAGCAGAGAGACAGCAGCAUGGGUAUAAUGGACAUGAAGAACACGCAGAAGUGGAACAUCACCUCCAUUAUAGCUGGAAUGAGUGUGAUUCUUUUGAUUCUGACGGUGCUGAACCUUGGACUCUUUUUUAAGCUAUGGGCCAUGGAGGACGUGGCCCAUCGCAUGUACCUCACCACAAAGCAGCGUAUGAGGGAGAGAGCUGAGGCAAAUUUGGCACCUGACCUCGGCCCCAAGCAGACUGUGUUUCACAGGAGCCAGGAGGAGACACGCUUACUGAGGGCGGUGCUACAGGACUCCAUUAACCUGCUGGAACAGUUACGCAGCUCUCUGGUGGUGCUCCAGCAGAACUUCCAAGGUUACAACAAGACCUCCAACCAGUUAUGAAAACCACAGUGCCUGGUGACCACUGGAGAACAGGGGGAUCCGGCCCACAGGGUUUGCCCAUGUAGAGGAGUGUUGCCAUAGAAAUGGUUGCUCCUGAGACUUCUCUCUGCCUUUGGGUGAUAUCACUCCAGGCCUUCUGUGUUGUGGUUACAGGUGGCUGAAUGUUUUUAAGCUUCAUGCGAGAGCUGAUGGGCACAGGGAGCAAUGCAGGCCCGUUGCCCCUGCGAGGCAACAGCUCGUUUGUUAAAGAGGAAUUCCACAAGUUUUUCAAAAUUUCUGCUUAAUUUCAUCUUUUUGAAAUGUAAACAAAGUCAUUCAGAGUGAUUUGAUGUGAAAAAAUUUCAUUGAAGAGAGAGGUACAGACACUGAUUUCUUUGCAGUGGUGAUGAUGGGAACCAAGGGUCACAAUGGCAGGAACACAGCCUUUCUGUUUACCAAAGUCACCGGUGAACGUACACAUGCCUUCUGUAUUUUUGUGGUGAUGAUUAUGAUAAAUUGUGGUAAAUCUGAAAAAUGUGUUUUAUGGGGACCAUGUUGCCUUACACACUCCCUGCAAGUAAGGAUAAAAAAAGGUUUAGGUUAAAACCUUAUCACAAAACAUUUGUAAAACCAGUCAGGGAAUGUAUUCAGACAUCUGGUUCCUAUCAGCACUACUUUUUAGAAUGAAGCAUUUCACAUUAACCCACUUGUAAUAGCCUUGUUUACCUCUCAUCAUUAACCCAAAAUCAGUGGGAUUCUCUUUUAAAGCCAUACUUUAACUCACGGCUGAUGGCAUUUUUGAUUGAUUACAACUGCUUCUUAAAGUUGUUUACCUUCUUCAGUUUUGGCCUGUUGAUUUGCACAGCUAUUGUAAAGCAUUUAUCAUGUUUAAGACACCACAAAUUCUACUCAAGCCUCUGGCUGUGUCUCUUUGUGAGUAAGAAGCAAUAAUUAUUGUAGAAAAUAUUCCGUUAAAACACUGCUAACCAGGGCAUGACAAAGUGCUUGAAAAGUUUCCUUUACCAUGUUGGUAAAUCUGCCACUUGCUAAAAAGCAACUUCAGAUGUUACCAGACAUGUUAAUGAUUGCACCUUUGAAUCCUUGACUUGAGCAGGACUGCUACUGAAUGAAUGCAAAUUCUGCCUGGCUGUAUGUUAUUUUUAGUUUAUGCAACGGUACCUUGACUGCAGUGUUUUUAAGCUUUUGACAUAUUUUAUGUUCCUCUAAAGGGCUUUCUAAAUGUACAGUAAAGAUAUUGGUUAAUAUAUUGAAUAUUGAAGUGAGCCUGCAAGACUGUAGUUCAUGAUUUUUUAUAUAAUGUUUACACUAAAUAAUUUGUGACUGUAGAGUAGCUCAUAGGGACCACACUUUGAGCCUACUGGUGUAAAAGCGUAUGCAGAGUGGUCAUUUUAAUUUUGAAGCAGAUCUCAAAGGAGUGACCCCUGCCUUUUGUAUACUUUCUCAGGAAAUAGUUUUUUUUUCUCACUUUUUUCCCCCCCUAUAUGGGUAUUUUUGCUGAAAUGUGUCUAUUUAUAACUUGAAUAAAAGCCCAAUCAUGUUUUUGUGAAA